AUGACCAUUGGCCAGCCCGAUCAAAAGCUUCAUUACGGCCAUGCGGCACACCAUGCUGAUGACCCACUGAACGGCGACUUUGUAAAUGAACACGGAAUAAUCGACCAGAAAGAAGUGGAUGAGACCAACAUAUAUGUGGAAGCUAAGCUGAACAAGGUUCUCCAAAACAUAGCAGAUAAUGAUUUGAUCAGCCUCAAGGCUGCGGCCGCAUCACCAGGUGGUUUCGGUCUCUUUGACAGAGAGAUCCGACUUAAAGCCUGGUACAAGCUGACGAAUGUUGACGAAAAGACACUUCCUUCGCUUUCAGAGGAGGAUACACAGCGGAACAACUUCUACCGGCAGGUGAUUCUCGACGUGGACCGGUCACUGAAGCGCUUUCCGCCUAGUGUGCACGAAGCGAAGCGACUUUUGUACCAGGACUCACUCACCAGAAUGAUCAUUCGCGUUCUGUCGCACAAUCCAAGGCUGCACUACUAUCAAGGAUAUCACGACAUAUGCCUGACAUUUCUGCUGAUGGUCGACGAGGAGACGGCCUUCAGACUGGUGAACAGAGUGUCAAACACCCACCUCUGCUACUACAUGGAGGAGACGAUGCACACCACCAGCAAUCACCUGCAGAUCAUCUACUGGAUUCUCAAUCUGGAAGACCAAGAACUGCACGACUAUUUACUUCGCUCCGAAGUGGGCACCAUCUUUUCCCUCAGCUGGGUGAUCACCUGGUUCAGUCACGUGCUGGGCAACUUUGAUGACAUUGCUCGGCUGUUUGACUACUUCAUCUCCAGCCACUUUCUCAUGCCCAUCUACCUGACAGUGUCCAUACUGCUCUACAAGAAAGAUGACAUUCAACAAAUCGACUGUGAUAUGGCCAGCAUGCACCAGUAUCUCACUAAUAUACCUCAACGGGAAAGGCUUCCAUUUGAUAAACUGGUGGACGACUCGCUGCGUCUGGCGGUGAAACACCCACCGGAGGACACGUUGGCCACUCAGAAAGCUCUGCAGGAGAAGGCGCUGAGCGGGGAAGAGGAGCCGACUGCCGUCGAAUCGACGCUCCUCUUCAUCCGUCGCAAUGUCUUCUCCAUCACCUUUGUCGUCUUUGUGAGCGCCAUGAUUUAUCAGCUCUACUCCGAGUAUUCCUAA